AUGACGUGCACCAAAGCUGCAACAAAAGUCGCUGUCCAUUUACCUCCAUCACUGCUGGUCAUCUCAUAUAAAACACAACAAGCCUCUUCUUCUUUUUUACUGAAUGAGUAUAUAAAUCAUUACUUGCUUGACUUUCUCUCUAUUUUAGUGUUGUUCACUGAGGUUCCUCGUGACAUCAUCUCUCAGGUUGGAGAAGAUGUGGAGUUGGCGUGUUCCUUCAAGGGGGCCGGUUCCUCAUCCAUUUCUCUGGAAAUUCAGUGGUGGUACGCUCGACACGGUAAAGACUUACCAGAGAAACCUGAAUGGACAGACAACCAGGUGCUUUCACACGAAGAAACAUCAAAAGGGGAAACCAAAAUAAGUGUGGUCAAAGUGGUCGGCAGUAACAUCUCGCACAAGCUUCAUCUGUCUAGCCUCAAACCAUCAGAUGGGGGCACGUACGAAUGCAGGGUGAUCGACUUCAGUGAAAGCCAAGCUCAGCAGCACAGAGUUCAGGCGUAUCUGCAGGUACGGCCGGAUGAUCUGCAACACGAACGCGCACAGUUCCGUCACAUGGACCACGAGACCCAUCAGCACACCGUAAAGGGCAACCAUCAGCUGGAUGAUGGAGAGCCGGGUGAUGCGGACCUUCACAAGAGACACCCCAAGCGUGAGGAAAUGUUUUAUAAAGUUGAUCAUCAUGAGGGAAACAAAACCAAAGCCGGAAAUAAACACCAAUCAGAGAGCAGAGAUUUCCAAACACAUGACAUGCAGAUGAACAGUGACUCUGUCCUGAUGAAGACUGUAAACUAUAGAGGAAAGGAGGGAAAGAAGAAGAGAUAUAACGGGUGAUUAUGAAGAAGAAACAAAGAGGGAAAUAAAAAAGUGCGCUCACAUUUUAAAAUCAUUUAUUAAUUUAAAGUAAAUGACAGAAUGGCCAUGCAUCAACUGCACAAUUUAGAUAAUGGAUGACUGCAUAUACAAAUGUGCCAGUAAAUCUGCUGAAUUAUUCUGAUUAUUGUGUAAUAAUUAUAUUUAGUGUUUUGUUAUCACACGGAUGUAAACAAGAAAUGUGUAUGUCAUUUUAACGUUAGCUAGUUUUAACCAAAUUAUUAUUAGUAAUUUGUUAUUUGACCUGCAUAUUAGCAUAUUAAAGGGAUAGUUCAGUGAAAAUUACCCCGUGAUUUACUCACCCUUAAGCCAUCCAUAUUCGCAUGACCAUCUUCUUUUAGAUGAACACAAUUGAAGUUAUAUUAGAAAAUGGCUCUUCCCAGCUUUAUAAUGUUAUGUAAAUUUAGGGUCAUUUUCAAGCACAAAAAGUGCAUCCAUCCUUCACAGACGCAAUCUACACAGCUUCAGGCGUGUCCCCAGAGUACAUAUGUGAAGUUUUAACUCAAAAUAUCAUAUAGGCUAGAUAAUUUAUUAUAAAAUGUUAAAAUUGCCACUUUGUGUGUGAUCAAAAAUUUGCUGUUUUUGGGUGUGUCUUUUAAAAUGCAAAUGAGCUGAUAGCUGCACAAAAUGGCAGUGCCGUGGAUGGCAGAUUAAGUGGCGGUAUUGUUAUAAUAAGAUCCCCUUCUGACAUCACAAGGGGAGGCAAAUUUCAAUUAGCCUUUUUUUACAUGCUUGCAGAGAAUUUUCAAAGUUACUUGUUUUAUCUUUAUCACAUUUUCUAGGUUGAUUGAAGCACUAUGGACCCAAUUAUAGCACUUAAACAUGGACAAAAGUCAGAUUUUCAUGAUGUGUCUGUCUCCUUUAAUAAAGGCCUUC